UACUGACUCAAUGUAAAUCAGCCUUCAAGUUCAGCCAGGCAGUUUACAGUUGAUCACCUGUGAAUUGCAUUAUAUUUUAGUGAGUUGGCUAUUUUACUGUAAUUUUACACUAAAUACAUAUCUCUAUUAAGUAAAAAAAUGUCGAAAAAGAAGGGAUCCAAGAAGACCCAAGACUUCGAUGACGACUUUGAGGAGAAAAAGACUUUAUCCAACGAUUCUCAUGAGGUAACCUCUAAAAGUAAGGGAAAAGGGAAGAAGAAGGGUAAAAGCAAUGCAGGUGAUUGGAGCGACAGUGAAGAAGGAGAUCAUCAGAAGAAGGUUUUGGCAUCCGAUGACGAAGACGUUCCGAAACCAGCAGCAAAGAAAUCACAAAAGAAAGCUAAAAAUAAAAAGAAGGGCCAUGAUUCUGAUGAAGAGCUAGAUGAUAGUAAAUCAGUAGCCAGCAAUGCCACCAGCACUGCUCCUAAACCUGCAGCCAAGGCUAGCAAAAAGAAGAAAGGCAAAGGUAAGAAGGAUGAGGACUGGUCUUCAGAAGGUAGCGAUGUUGAACUGAAAGAAGUUUCAGAAGAGGAAACUGUGAAGCCUGUAUCUAAAAAGAAAACUAAAAACAAAAAGAAGAAUAUAGAAGCUGAAUCUUCAGAGGAUGAGGAUCAUGAUGACUCCAAGUCAGUAGUAAGCAAUGUUUCAAGUAACCAAGCCAAGCCCGCUGCUAAGUCAAAGAACAAAAAAGGUAAAGGAAAGAAAGAAGACUGGCCAGAUGAGGAAAGUGAUAAGGAAUUAAAAAUGGAACCAUCAGAAGAUGAGGAAGAAAUUGUAAUUCCUGUUGUUAAAAAAGGUAAAAAUAAAAAGAAGAACAACAUUGAUGAUAUAGAGGCAGAAUUAAAGAAGUUCGAAAUGAAGGAUCCUGAACCAGAACCCGAACCACCUGUCAAAACAAAGGAAUCAAAGAAGAAAUCCAAACCAGUAGAAAUUGUAGAACCUGAAGGUUCCGGUGAUGAAGUAUCCAUGGAGACUGAUGACAAGGUAGCAGAACUUCCCGAGAAAGAGAAAGAGGAGCCUGCAGAGAAGAAAAUGAGUCACAAAGAGAAGAAGAAGUUAAAGAAACAACAGGAGUAUGAGAAGCAGAUGGAACUGCUCACCAAGAAGGGUGGUCAGGGACACAGUGAUCUGGAUGCUAACUUCACUGUCAGUCAGGCACAGAAAACUGCUGGUCAAAUGGCAGCCCUAGAAAAUGCAGUAGACAUUAAAGUAGAGAACUUCUCAAUAGCUGCAAAGGGCAAAGACUUAUUCGUGAACGCUAACCUCCUUAUCGCCAACGGUCGGAGGUACGGUCUUGUAGGCCCUAACGGUCACGGCAAGACGACCUUACUGAGGCACUUGGCACAACGUGCCUUUCCUUUGCCACCACAUAUAGAUAUAUUGCUUUGUGAACAAGAAGUGACAGCUAGUGAUAUGAGUGCAGUCGAUACCCUGCUGGAAGCUGAUGUUAAGAGGACUGAAUUGCUCAAGGAAUGCAAGGAACUGGAAGCUUUAACAGAAAAGGGAGAUCUCAGUAAACAGGACAGAUUAAAUGAGGUGUAUGCGGAACUGAAAGCGAUAGGCGCGGACUCUGCGGAGCCGCGAGCGCGGCGUAUCCUGGCCGGUUUAGGGUUCAGUCGGGAGAUGCAAGAUCGUGCCACUAAGAACUUCUCCGGAGGCUGGCGAAUGAGAGUGUCGCUUGCUAGAGCACUGUACGUAGAGCCAACGCUGCUAAUGCUUGACGAGCCUACGAACCAUUUAGAUCUGAACGCUGUCAUUUGGUUAGACAAUUACCUCCAAGGUUGGAAGAAGACACUUCUCGUAGUAUCUCACGACCAGUCGUUCUUAGACAACGUAUGUAACGAGAUCAUUCACUUGGACACGCAGAAAUUGUAUUACUACAAGGGAAAUUACUCCAUGUUCAAGAAAAUGUACGCUCAGAAGAGAAAGGAGAUGAUUAAGGAAUAUGAGAAGCAAGAAAAGAGGUUAAAGGAUUUGAAGGCGCAUGGACAGUCGAAGAAGCAAGCUGAAAAGAAACAAAAGGACGCUUUAACCCGCAAACAAGAGAAGAACCGCAGCAAGGCUCAGCGUGAAGACGAGGACAGUGCAGCCCCCACCGCGCUGCUGCAGCGGCCCAAGGAGUAUAUCGUCAAGUUCUCGUUCCCCGACCCGCCGCCAUUACAGCCACCUAUACUUGGCUUGCUCAAUGUGGACUUCAAUUUCCCGAGUCAGAAGCCCCUAUUCAAAGGCGUGGACUUCGGCAUAGACUUGAACUCGCGUAUCGCCAUCGUCGGCCCCAACGGUGUAGGCAAGUCCACCUUCCUCAAACUGCUGGUGGGAGAACUGUCGCCCGUGAAAGGAGAACUUAUUAGGAACCAUAGACUGAGGAUAGGUCGUUUCGACCAGCAUUCCGGCGAACAUUUGACCGCCGAGGAAACACCCGCAGAGUACCUACAGAGGUUAUUCGGCCUACAAUACGAGAAGGCGAGAAAAGCCCUCGGUACCUUCGGCUUGGCCAGUCAUGCGCAUACUAUUAAGAUGAUGGACCUCAGUGGAGGACAGAAGGCCAGGGUGGCGCUCGCCGAGUUGACGCUUAUGGCACCUGAUGUUGUUAUUUUGGAUGAACCUACAAACAACUUGGACAUUGAGAGUAUAGACGCGUUAGCCGACGCGAUCAACGAUUACAAGGGCGGCGUCGUCAUCGUGUCUCACGACGAACGACUCAUCAGAGAGACUGACUGUGCACUCUACGUUAUUGAAGACCAGACUAUUAAUGAGGUUGACGGAGACUUCGAUGACUACCGUAAGGAGUUGCUGGAGAGCCUCGGAGAGACCAUCAACUCGCCUUCUAUCAUUGCCAACGCUGCGGUCCAACAAUAAGCGAAAGGGACCCGUUGUACCAUUUGUUGAAAUUAUUUGCACCUGUACUUAUGUUUUAUAUGCGUUCUCCCACAUUUUUACUUACGGCUAGUUGUACCAUUUAACUAUCAUCAUAUCAGCCAGUUACCGUCCACUGCUGAACGUGGGUCUCCCCCAACGAACGCCAACCUAACCAUUUUCAGAUGUCAAAUUGCCGAUUUUACCAAUGGCCGGCAAGUAUACGGCUGGUUAUCGUCAUAGUUAAAUGGUGCAAUUCACACAUAAUCUGUUGGCACAAUUUUUUCAAAUUUAAAAUCGAGAACUUUUUAAAAAGAAGAAACAAGAAAAAAAAAGUUGUUUCUAUGUAUGUAUUGACUAAGGUAACAUUUUAGUUUGUUGUAAAUUUGCGGUAUGAGGGUUGUAUAGGGACGGUUUAUAAAUUGAAUGUACAGUGUUAUAGGGUAGUCAUCAAACACAUUGUUUUGAAUGUAAAUAUCGGUCUGUUGCAAUAUGAUGCUGUUUAUUGCUGUUUAUUUUAUUUUCUCUAAAUAACUGAGACCCAUGAAAAAAGUUUGUAACUAAAAACAUAUAAUGUGUUUCGUUUUAUGUUUGACACUACUCAUUUCAGUAUCAUUUUACAUAAUUCACCCACAAGUGCCAUUGUAAUUUUGACAAAUAGUACAGCAUCAUUAGAAUUGUUGAAUUUUUAUAAAUUAUCUCCAAUAUACAGUCUCUUUAUGGUAUCACAAGCGACCGCGGAGUACGAGAUUAUUUUCAUGCAAUUUCACACAAGUGCCUAGUCCACAGCGCACUUAUUAAAUAAUACUGUCGAUUUACAAAACAAUAAAAAUGCGUAAUUAUAAAAAAAAAGUAUUAUUUACACUGCGCCCGUAAAUAUUUACCAUUGAUCUGUGACAUAGGAAUAAUAGAAGCAUAGAGGUUACAUGAUGAAUGUCUUCCAACGUUUUCAGUUACGACCAUAGACAAUAGUGUGUGUACUGCCUAUUUCAUUUACUCAAAUGUGUAAAAAAAGUAUACAAUUUAACAUAGAAAAUGUAGGAAUCAUCAUGAAUCUAGCAUGUUAUUUAUUAUACCAAUUGAAUUAGAACAAAUGAAAGAAAAUACAGUUUUAUCGCUUCAUUUCAAUAAAAUAAUACUGCGCAAUUGUUGCUAUCGAAUACUGUGCAGAGUAACGUUUCUGCACGAAUUGGAUUGAAAUGUAUUAUAAUAUUCAAAAUAUUUAUAUACUUCUAUAUUAAUAAAUUUUGUUACAAAAUGAAA